CCCUCAUCAAGCAAGGGGCAAUAACAAGAGGUCGACAGGGCGAGGUCAUCAAGCAGCGCAACCGAGCCACGCCGCCGACGACUAUCGUAGACAGCCCAUAGGAACCUUGCCAACGACUUCCUUGUACAGCGCCAAGACGAACGAGAGCCAUGAGUUCGUCCGGCAGUGCACAAAACAACAAUGGCCCACCCAGAGGAACCAGUAGAUCCCCUUCACGCCACAACACUAUAGGUGAGUUGUCUGGUGGGCCUUCGUCCAUCAACGAUCGAUACAAUUCGUCCAACAAUGGCGGGCGAGGCGGAGGAGGAUAUGGCAGUAACAACUUCCGAGUCCCGCCUGGAUACAACAAUGCGCCGAUGGAUCGCGGCCGACCGAGCCGCUUUGACAAAGACCCACCACCUUAUUCUUCCUACAACAACAGCGGCGGCGGUGGUGGUGGGCGCGGUGGCGGCUGGAACAGCAGCCGUGGUGGACGCGGCGGAUUCCACUCGCAGUACAACAAGUCGUCGCGACCCAGCCGUCCAUUCCGGUCUCGAUCAAGGUCCCGGUCCCGAGAUAUCAAUCGAAGAGACAAUUCAGACCUCCAGCGGAAUCGGUUUCUACGCGACCGGUCCAGGGAUCGGUCCAGGGAUCGCCUGCGCCACCCUCCCGACUCGACUCGAUCGCCUCUUCGACCAUCAGACGACUUCCGACACGCGUCGCCGUUGCGACAUCACUCCGACUCGACUUUGAGCCAUGACCACUCGAAGCGCCCGUCGCCCCAACGCCAUCCGCCGCCUCCGUCGCCUCCUUUUCGACCCACGGCCCCUGGUCUCUUGACCCCUCCCCGUCAACUCGACUUGGCUCGGCCAUCCGUUACCUCCCCGCGGCCUGGACUUCUGGACUCCUCUCAUCUCACGUCUUCUUCUUCUCAAAGUGUUUCACCCCAUCCGAUCAAACGGGGCGACGAGUCGCCCCGCACGACCAUAGGGGCACCCAACGAGUCCUCGAAUCCUCCAUCUGCGUAUGCCUCUCCCCUAGCAUCGUCAUCACGACAAUCACCAGCUCACUCGACACAGCAACUGCCAUUCUCAACUCCGCCACCUUCGACGGUUCGUCCAUCGAACCAGCAGUCGUCCCCUCGGACGCCGUCAGAAGCUUCCUGGAGCAUGCCACUCGGUGUUCCUACCGAUUCUGGAGAAUCUGGUGGUCCUGCAAGGCAGAGCCCCCAACGACGGUUCGCUCAAGCCGUUCCUCCUUCCUCGCACCAAACGUCAUCGUCCCCUCGGCCCCCCGUUCCCGCGACGACUCGCCCGAAGCCUCCAGCUGCUCCGACCACGCCUGACCAAACAGAGUCGAAACGAGACGAGCUGUCGCCUUUGAAACCGUUCUUGUCUCGUCGCGGGUCGUUGGAUCUGGUGCACCAGUCGCAGCGAUCUCAUCAUCACUCGACAUCCCCUAAACUCGGGUCACGAGUGCACAGCCCCAACGUUGCUGCACAAGGCACUAGCCCUUCCAAGAAUCAUCACCCCCUCUCGUCCCAACGCCACCAGGCAGACGGGGUCGUACCUGGGGCGGCGGCGCGUCGAAGAAGCAUCGACGAACAUCAUACAGCAAACCCCCCGUCAGUGCUCGUGGCGAUGCUGGAAGAAACAAUCCUCGAGCCCCCCAAACCCAAGGACGACGACGACGCCAAGCAGCAGCGACCUCGUCUGGGCUGGGGCCAAGGGUUGGCCGCUGCUUCUCCCACUGCCACGUCAACAACAACCAAACGGCCUCGCAUGGGCUGGGGCAUGGGGCUCGUGGUCACUCAAGUGCCGUCUCCAAAAGCUCAACCCGCUCCAAGUGCAUCUACUCCACUCUUGUCGUCGCCGCCACCCGCGCUCUCCACGAACGAUAACACGCCGGUCGGAGUUCCCAGUUCACUCGACGACUCAACAACUGUGGGUGGUAGUAGUCGUAACUCUGACCACCAACCGUUCGAUGGACGAGGGUCCGUGGUGGUGGCUCCACUGCUGCCGCCACCACCUCCGCUAUCGACGCCAGACCCGGUGGAUAUGGAGAUUGACGACGAUCCUGUCGUGAAUCUGCCGCCGCCGCCGCCGAUGGCUCUCGGGGUUCCGAAAGAGGACAUUCUGUCGUCGAUUGACUUGUUGGAUGCGGAAAUUGCCGACGUCACAGCGCAACUAGUUUGUGCGAAACAAGGGCUGCAGCAGCAGAAUCCCCAGACACAAACGACCAAGCCCACGGAAGAGCUGCCGCCGCCGCCGCUUUGUUCACCGGUGGACAAGGCGAGUCCGUCCAAGAAGGCGCGACCCGUGCUGGUGGACCCGAAGCUGAUGGCCAUGGUGCAGUCGUUGAUGGAAGACAACAAGACCAAGGCGGCCGACGCCCACGCGAUGAUCGCCGCGCUCGGCAAACAAACGGUGCAGUACACCCGCCCCGUCGACUGCCCCGGGUACGACGACACACUCGUACGCGCAAAGAUGCUGCACCACCGCGUGACGCUGCGCGUACGCAGACACAAGCAGCGUCAUUACGCCGACAUGAAGGCCCUGGCGGCCGAGUACGGCGCACUGAAAAAGGUAUGGCGCGCCAAAGUGAAGAAACUCGAAAAGGACCGCAAGAAGCAGGAAAAGCGCACGAAACUGCGCCACAAAGAGUCGGGAGAGCACAAAGCGGCCACGACCACGGCAUUGGACGACAAACACUGUCCAAAUCCACACCCGCCAUCCAACGACUCGCAGCAGAUCAACCACCUCCGUUCGUCAUCUCGACUGACCAACAACACGCAGCAUUCGCAAAUGUCCAUGAUCAAGCACAUUGCCGACGUCGAGAAAGAAAAGCAGGCCGAGCUGUGGGACCAAGAAAUCAAGCGAAAACGACUCAAGAACGCGAUGCUGUCGUCGGGGGGGUCGCACAACAGUCCGUACGUGAUUCCAGAUAUGAUUGUGGACAAGGAACUGGUCCAAAUUAAACGGUUCAUUCCCCUGCCAAAGCCCCUCUUGACCGGCAUGGAGCCGACGCCGGACUCACACAUUGACGGAUUGCAUUACUUGAAUGCAUUCCAGUUUACGAACCCGUGGACUGACAUUGAAAAGUGCAUAUUCGUCGACAAGUUUCUGCAAACGCCCAAGAACUUUUUCCGCAUUGCUAGCUUCUUGCAAAACAAGACCACGGGCGACGUCAUCUCGUUCUACUACCACACGAAAAAAGUACUCGACUACAAAGCCAUCAUCCGCGAGCAGCAGCUGCGUCGGCGCGGCGCCAGCAUCAAGAACACAUGGAACUGCUGGCAACUGAGUUUGUGCGCCGCCAUGGCGCUGGGCGUCCAGUUCCCCGCCGCGAUUCAAGCCAGCGUGCUGCAUCAGUCCAAGUUUCGAUCACAUCAAGCGGCGCAGUCGAUUUUGCAGGCGGCGGCGCCGGUCGUGUCCAAGGAUACGAUCGGCAAAGCCGACGAAGACGACGAGAAGCCCUUCGUGCUCGAUUUAACGGAUUUCCUCGACGACAACCUGUUCACGACCGGAUACAACUUGACGUGUCGGUCGGUCCAGAGCCGAUUCGACGCGUUCCGUGCAUCCCCCGACUUUCACCCCGAGCACCCGCCAGCUACCACCACCCCAGGUCCUCCAUCUAAAAAGGCCAAAAUGGUCGACGAUUCAGCAGCGACCGCGUCGCCGGUGGCCGUCCGUCGCAAGCCAACGACGCCGCGCCCGAUCCCGAACAAGGGGGCCGUCAAAAAGAAGAGUCGCCCUGCCGCCUUGAAAAAGUCCGACGACGAUCACCACCACCACCUGCCACCGCCGCUGGCAUCUCCCCAAGUCCCCAAAGUCGACUCGAAACCACUGCAGUCCCCGGACGCCCCCCAUCCCCCGCUCCUUCCGCUGCCAGCGGCGACGCCCCCGCUGUUUGCCCCCGUGCCCCUGACCCCUCGCACGACCCCCACUUCGUCGUCGCUGUUUCUCAAUGCUGCGGCACUCACCAACCUGCCGCCAGGAAAGCGCGUCGUUCAAAAGUGGACCGAGCAAGAAAAAUCCGACUUUCUCAAAUAUUUCUCGGUGUAUGGCAAGGAUUGGGCGGCGCUGACGACGAGCAUCCCGAGCAAAACUGCGGCGCAGAUCAAGAAUUAUUAUCAAAACUACAAGAAUCGGCUGGGUUUGCAGGAUGUUUUGAAGAAGCGCCCCGAGCACCACCGCCCGAGCACGCCCCAGACCCACCACCAAACGUCGCCGUCCAUCAACUCGCCGUCGCAAGGAGGACGCCCGCCGCCGCCGCCACCGCCGCCUGCGUUUUCGUUUCCGUUGUCCAUUCAAGUGCCGCAAGAGUACAACACGUCACAACAACAAUCGACGGCGCCGACGUCCAUGAACGCCGCGCAGCAUCGCUUGAUUCAGCUGCAGAAGGAACUGUCCCGGAUACAAAUGCAGCAGUUGCCCACAACGACAUCGUCCUCCGCAUCCACCUCGGCGGCGGCGGCGGCAUCAUCGUCGUCGUCCAUGGGGGGUGGCCAGGCGUUUCCUAGCGCGACGCCGGGGUCGCAAUUGAAGCUACUGCAGUACAGCUUGCAGCAACAAGUGCAGAUGCUGCAGAUGCAAAUGUACCAGCAAAGUGUGCAAGACACCCACGCGAUACACCAGUCGUACGGGGGAGUUCCUCGGUUGAAUCAACCGUCGCCGUAUUACGACCGAUACAAGGGAGAACCAAGCAGCAGCAAGGACGCGCCAUUGGCAACCAGCGAAGUUCUCUUGGCAGCGCGUCCACUAGUCGACAACCAGACGCCAAAAAGUCUGCCCCCCCUCGACCCCCCAACCGCCAGCAGCGCGCCGCCCAGCGUCCCAAGUCGCAUGUCAUUUUCGUCCAUCUUGAAUGAAAGUGUGGGCAGUCCGCAGUACGCUUCGUCGCCGUCGGCGUCGACGCCCGUCGUGAUUGCGUCCGCCCCGGCGUCGAAUCGGUCGUCCAUGUCGAGUCUGCUCAACCGGCCAUCCUCCUCCUCGUCGUCCGACAUAUCCCCGAUGCUGCCAAACGCGCCAUUCACCCAGCGGAGUUUUAGCUCGACCUUGUACCACCACCCAGUCCUGCAUAAUCAUCGGCAGCAGCUCUACCAUGACCACCACCACCCCCCCCCCAGCAACAACAUGCAAGACCCCACAAGCCAAAUCGGCCCGUACCACCACAUCCACCCGUUGCAGCAGCAAUCGUCGCUGCAUUCACUGCAGUCUAUGCACACAUCGCAACUACCUUCGUCGAUGCACCAGCCCAUCCAGCCCAUGCCUUGCCAGCCCAUGCUACAGCCCAUCCAGCCCCUGCACAGACAGCACAACGUGCUUCCCAUCUACCGCGCCAUGGACGACGCGUGGACCAAUCAGCCUGCUUCCGCUGACGGUCGCUACGACGAACACACGAGGCAUGUCUUGGACAAGGAGGCGGCGCACCUUCGAGAGGCCCAGGAAGAAGCCGCUGCCGCCGCGUUGAAUGCGGCCGCGGCGGCUGCCCGCGUCGAGGCGCUGCAGCGAAACGUGGUCGCGAGGCAGGAGCAGCAGCAACCGACGAUGGUCCUGGCCCCGCCUCGCUUUGCCAGUCACCCGCCCCCGCAGCCGCCGCCGUUCCACCUCAACCUCCCCCCGCGCCCCCCCCUCGACCCCCCCGGUACGAACGCGGUCGCUCCGUCGCCUUCUUCUCGAGCCAACACCACCACAGCCGAUAGAGGAUAAGUCCGUAGCAUAGAGUAACUAGUCUUGUUAUGUAUAGCUUUUCGAUUUGAUACAAA